AAAAUCCAAGCCCUUGCUACCGGUUAAAUAUUACCUAAGAACGGGAGCAUAUGUUCGAACUCUUCUCAUGAAAUUAUAGCAGUGACAGAAUUUUUUAUUAAGCAUAUUGUUCAUAUGUACCCUCUGCAUGGUGUUAAGCUUGUUGAUAGUUCACUGGUUGCUUUGACUACGCGUGUUGAAAACAGAAGCCAAUGGGCACCGCUUGUGUUAGAUUUCAUGAGAGGGGGAAUUGAUGGAGAAAGGAUCAUGCAGGUAGAGAUCUUGCGUGGGGCACACAUAGACCUCAUCCCGAGCACCAUUUUUGGCAAUGACAAUGAAGACAAUCCUGUUUUUGUGUAUGCUCAUACUGAUGGAAUGGACACACAAUUAUGGACUCCUAUACCCCCAAACAUGAUCAAGUAUAAUGCUAAGGUUUUUCUGGGAUUUGUGAGAUUUCGCGAGCCAAUUGAAACUGCAUUUUUUGGUGGAUCUAAGUUAGGAAGGCUCAGGGCUGUUGUUAAGGUGAAAAAUGCUAUGAAGAAGGCGAUGAAUAAAAUUAUGGGUAUAAACUGAUGAGGAGAUUUCAUUUCUCAUCCAAACCAUCAGAAGAAAUUAUAUAUGGCAUGUAUAAACAGGAGAUUUCAUAUUUCAUCCAAACAGUCAGAAUAAUUUAUAUAUGCCAUGUAUAAACACUUUCUUUCUAUUGUUAGACUUUCUGGAUACAUGCUGUUCUUGGCUCUUCGCUGUUUGACAUACUUAUGACAUCAAGUAGUAAUUUGAUUCUUACUUUUCCUUUUGGAUUCUUGAAUUGAUGUUGGGAUUUAAUGUUUGUUUUCAAGGGGAAAAGUAUGAAGUGGUAUUGGUUGCUUCUUCUUUUCUUAGUUUUGGAAGUCUUUUUUGUUAUGUUCAAUUGGAUUUUGUGGGGUUUGAGUUGAAGAAAUGGACCUUCUAAAC